UAGCGGUAGUAGACGCACAGAGUUUCUUAACACAGAUACGGAACAUCACUAGACUUCUGUGAACGCUUGCGAAGCAGACUAAACAGACCAGGCCGGGGUUUGGGGUUUGAGAAGUCAAUGAGAGAAGUGAAAAAAUAUUCAUUGGUUGUUAAUUUUCAUGAAAUGUAAAGGCACCACCUAGAUUCGAGCCAAUGUCUUAAGUAUUUGAACAUGUUAUUACUCCAACCUCGUGAAAGUGACAAACUGACACGUUUUUAUUUUCCUCAAAAACGACUUUAUAUCGAAGUAGUGCCUUUGAGUUGAUGGUCUACACAUGCGCAGUUCGGCGUGAGACGACCCCAACGUGUUUCUGCGCAUGAGCUUAGCUAGCCAACAUCGCCUUCAAGCGUGAUCCGGAAUUUCUAUUCAAGAAGCAAUUCCUUCCCGUCUUCAUACUGUAAUGUCUUUGGUAGAGUUACGUUAGUUAGCUGUGUGUAUGGGAGAAUCUCCUCGUCCUCUCUUCACCUCCUCAAAACCCAUUUGGAGGAGAAGUGUGUUGAUGAGCUAUGAGAACGUGGAGCUUGUAUUCUGUGAAGCUGAGUGCCUGCCUGAUGCCUUCAGGAAGAGUAAGAAGGGGAGUGUCUUCCUGACUCCCUACAGGGUGAUCUUUGUGGCGAAGGGGGGUCAUGAUGCUCUGCAUUCCUUCAUGAUGCCUUUCUACCUGAUGAAGGGCUGUGAGGUCAAACAGCCAGUCCUGGGGGCCAACUACAUCAAAGGCACAGUCAGCGCAGAGCCCGGAGGAGGCUGGGAAGGCUGUGCCACCUUUAAGCUGGUGUUUGCUGCUGGAGGAGCCAUUGAGUUUGGACAGUGCAUGUUACAGGUCGCUGCACAAGCAUCCAGAGGGCAGCCUGUGAGUGGUGGCUUUGGGGGCUGUCCGUACAUGGCCAAUGGGGCAUAUGCCUACCCUCCUCCCCCAGCCAAUGGGUACCCAGCGGGACCCCCACCCGGGUACUCCUACCCCAACCCCCCUCCGCCAGAUGCAUUCUACCCCAACCCCGCCGGGUUUGAUGGCCCUGCGGCCUACAUGCCCCCUCCUCCCUACUCGGCCCCCCUGGGACAGCAGGCCCCCCACAACCCUGACCUGCCCUCCACACCUGCAGCCGAGGCAAAGGCAGCAGAGACAGCAGCCAGUACCAGCUGUGCCACACUCCCUCCCACCUACCUACCACAGGACAAACCUCCCCCCUACUCUCCGACUGAGGACAAGAAGACCAAGUAGAGCAUCGAUAUCUCAGCUCCCACGGCCUCUACCGCCCCAUCUCUCCAUCCCUAUGUUUCCUCCUCCUUUCUCCUCCUCUGUCUCUUCCAUCAACACCUCCUGUCUACCUGGCUCCCUUUGAAUCCAUCCCAGCUUUCUCAAGCUCGUGUACAGGCAUUUCCCUUCUACCCGAGUUCCACUAAACAAUUAUAUCAUACCCAGCUGACUUUAACUAAAAAGUGUAACUUACAGCUCUUCUAGAGUGGUUGAUGAUAUGAUUGUAGCUUGUUUGGCCCCUAAGCUGUCAGGAAACCUAACAUAAUAUUAGGUUAAGGCUGAGGUGAGGUUUAGUACUAGUCUUGGGUACCUGCCUUUUUCUGUAUUAGCAAACCCUAUAUUUUCUUGCCAGACAUGACAACGGCAAGUUGGCUAAAGCAGAAACGGGCAGACAUGCAGGCUGAAGGUCUAGCAGGUUGUUUUGAUGGGAAAGUGAUUUAUUUUCUAAGACGACCUAUCAAACUGGAUUGAAUGAAGUUUUUUCUUUGCUAAUCUAUCCAGUGGCUCGCGCAAGUCUGUAUUGUUGAUUUAUUUAUUUAUUUAUAAUUUUUUCUGUACAGGAUUUUAAUGUGACUACUUUAAAUAUGAGAGCAUAGCAGUAGAUCAUUGGACCAGGUCUCUGUUGAAAAAUAAAUGUUGUUGCAAUGAGACUAACCUGAAUAAAAAAAGGUUAAAGAACA